AUGAGAAAAUUGGCGCGUGACGGUGACAUGCCUCAUAGUUGGCAUCGUCGCCGAGCGGCGGUCACACGUCGCUUCUCUAUAAAUAAAAAGGACGGCCAUCUCUGCUUCGUCAUUGAAUUGGUUCGCGCAAACGUGCGAUCCAAGGCCGUCGACAUGGAUAGCGGCCUUAGGCAUUUCCUGUUUGUCACCUUCCCCUCCCAAGGCCAUAUCAAUCCCGUCGUCCACCUCGCUCGCCGCCUCGCCGGCAGCGCCGGCGUCCUCUCCACCUUCGCGCUCUCCAUCUCCAGUUACAACCGCAUGUUCACCAAUGGAGACGUACCUAACGAUGGCCUCGUCGCCUACGCUCCCAUCUCCGACGGCUACGACGAUGGCAUCAAGGAGGAGUCGCAGUUCAACCACUUCAUGUCUCAACUCAAGAGUGUCGGCUCGAGGAGCCUUUCCGCCCUGCUGGACAGCCUCGCCGCCGCCGGGCGCCCCGCCACCUGCGUCGUGUACACCAUCUUCGUGCCGUGGGCGGCCGACGUGGCGCGCCGGCACCGCAUCGACUCUGCCCUCUACUGGAUUCAGCCGGCCACCCUCUUCUCCAUUUACUACCACUACUUCCACAGUUACGACGCCGUCAUCGCCGCCAAUCUCCAUGACCUUUCCUACGUGGUGAACUUUCCCGGCGUGCCGCCGGUCCGGAUUCGAGACCUUCCUUCUUUCAUCACCACCAUCGUUCCUGACGAUGACUUCUACUCGAUUUUCACCGUGCUGAAAGAAUUAUUCGAGUCUCUCGACAGUGAGACCACGGCGACAAUGAAACCAAAGGUGUUGAUGAACUCCUUCGACGAUUUGGAGCCCGACGCAAUCGCGUCGGUCGUCGAGCACUUUCGCCUCUUCACCGUCGGGCCGGUUGUGCCGUCGUGGUCGUUUACGGGUGAAGCAGAGGAGGAUAAGGAGGCGGCGGCAGUGCGGCACAUAAGGUGGCUGGACGCUCAGGAGGAGGGGUCGGUGGUCUACGUGUCAUUCGGGAGCUACAUGAAGUUGAGGCAGCGGGAGUUAGAGCAACUGCUGAAUGGGUUGAGGGAGAGCAACCGGCCGUUCUUGUGGGUGGUAAGGGAGAACAACCGCGGGGAAUUGGACGGCCAGAUGGAAGAGGAAGAAGCAGGAAAGGGGAAAGGGAUGGUGGUGGAGUGGUGCGAUCAGGUGAAGGUGUUGGCACACCGCGCGGUGGGGUGCUUCGUAACUCACUGCGGAUGGAACUCAGUGACGGAGGGUCUGGUGUGCGGCGUACCGACGGUGGGCGCUCCACGGUGGUCGGACCAGAAGACGGUGGCAACGCUGGCGGAGGUGGCGUGGGGGACGGGGGUGAGGGCGGAGGUGGACGAAGAAGGCGCGGUGACGACGGCGGAGCUGAGGAGGUGCUUGGAGGUGGUGAUGGGAGGAGGGGAGGCGGGGGAGAGGAUGAGGAGGAAGGCGGCGGAGUGGAGUGGGAGGGCGAGGGACGCCGUGAGUGAUGGAGGAUCGUCCGAUCGAAAUCUAAGGACUUUCGUGGAAGCAAUUAGAAAGGGAAAACUAAGGGAUUAGGAAGUUGGAAGCUACAUACAUGUCUUCUGUUUUGCUUGUUUAUGAUUGACUAGUUCUACUCUUUGUGAUCGUUUCUUCUAUAUUUGUUGUUGAUGUCGGCAUUGCUUUGUUCAGUUUAGGCUUUAAUAAUUGACAGUGUGUUCAUACACACAAGAUUUGAUA